CCCAAGGUUUGCUAACCCUGGCUCUGAGAUGUCUUCUGUGCAAUACCCCUUCCUCAGGAGGUCACCAUGGUACAAAAAGUAGCCAUUAUCGGUGCUGGGGUGAGUGGCCUGGCGUCCAUCAAAGCCUGCCUGGAAGAAGGAUUGGAGCCCAUCUGCUUUGAGAGGAGCAAUGACAUCGGGGGACUCUGGCAGUUCACAGAUACCACAGUGGAUGGCAGAGCCAGCAUUUAUGCCUCAGUGCACACCAAUUCGUGCAAAGAAAUGAUGUGCUUCCCAGACUUCCCUUUCCCGGAGGAUUUCCCAAACUACUUGCAUAACAGCAAGCUUCAAGAGUAUAUCCAGCUAUUUGCCAAACACUUUGAUCUUUUGAAAUACAUCAAGUUUAAGACUCUUGUGAUUCAUGUGAAGAAACGUCCUGAUUUUUCAACCACUGGCCAAUGGGAAGUGGAAACAGAAACAGAAGGCCAAAUGGAAUCUGACAUUUUUGACGCUGUCAUGGUUUGCUCUGGCCAUCAUGUCUAUCCAAAUAAUCCAGCCAAUGAAUACACUGGCAUAGAGAAGUUUAAGGGCAAAUACUUCCACAGCCGGGAAUACAAAGGACCCGAAAAGUUCAAAGGGAAGAAGGUCCUGGUGAUUGGCCUUGGGAAUUCUGGCUCUGACAUCGCUGUGGAACUCAGUAAUGCGGCCUCUCAGGUUUAUCUCAGCUCUAGAAGUGGAUCCUGGGUGAUGAGUCGUGUGUGGGAAAAAGGCUACCCUUGGGACAUGGUGAUCAUUAAUCGCUUUGAAACAUUCCUCAGGAACGCCCUCCCUACAGUGAUCAGUGACUGGAUGUUUGUGCAGCAAAUGAGCAGAUGGUUCGAUCAUGAGGUUUACAGCCUGGCACCAGUAAAUAGAACACUGCGCAAGGAGCCUGUGUUCAACGACGAACUCCCAAGCCGCAUCACAUGUGGAGCUGUUGUGAUUAAGCCCGGUGUGAAGGCGUUUACAGAAACCUCUGCCAUAUUCCAGGAUGGGACUGUGCAGGAAGGCCUUGAUUAUAUCAUCUUUGCGACAGGCUACAGCUUCGACUACCCAUUCAUGGAUGACGAGUCCAUCCUCAAGUGCAGAGACAACAUGGUCACCUUGUACAAGAGCAUCCUCCCCCCUCGGCUGGAGAAACCAACCAUGGCAGUGAUUGGCUUGGUUCAGUCUUUGGGAGCAGUUAUCCCAACUGUGGACCUCCAGAGUCGCUGGGCCAUAAGUGUCUUUAAGGGGUUAUAUAAGGUGCCUUCGGAGAGCCGCAUGAUGGAAGACAUUGAUGAGACAAUGGGGAAGAAGCUCAAAUGGUACGGCCAGUGCGAUUCCCUGCAGCUCGAUUACAUUGUCUAUAUGGACGAACUCGCCUCUGUGAUCGGCGUCAAGCCCAACAUUCCACUCCUCUUCCUGACAGACCCCAAACUGGCGGUGCAAGUUUAUUUUGGCCCCUGCAGCCCAUACCAGUUCCGCUUGACAGGGCCCGGGAAGUGGGAUGGGGCCAGGAACGCCAUCCUAACACAGUGGGACCGAACCCUGAAGGCCACGAAGACCAGAGCUGUACACAGUUCUCAGAACUCUUUCCCGCUCUCUGUUUUGUUCAAAAUCCUGGCCCUCCCAAUUCUCAUUGCUGUUAUUUUUUUGGUGUUUGUCUGAUUGAUCUCUGGGUAGAACAAGAUGCUGCAGCAGCUUAAA